AAUACAAUGAUUCUGUUUUGAAGUUAUUGAAAAGGGCGUAGAUGUACUGCUAAUCUAGUACUAUACGUCAGGUCGUAACUUAAGACUACUGUUUUUUCAGAAUACUGAGAAUUUGAGAAUCCAACUUGCUUUCUAUAAAUAGUUUCAGAAAAAAACAUACAUGUAACUGUGGGGAUCUUUUGUACACCCCUCCCCUAGGGCUUCUAUAGGGUUAAAGGUAUUUCAAAAGCAAGAUAAAAACGAUAACCCAUGAGAUAUUUUCAUUACAAUGAACUAGAAUAGGCCUAGGAUGCAUUUUAUUGUAGCGUAAAAAAUGAGUAAUGAUCAACAAUCUCUUAGAGUCUUAGAGAUUAAUCGGGGUGAGGUGGAUAAUUCUCACGUAGAGGAAAACAGCAUUGAAAAGAAGACUUGCACUGUUGGACACAAAGAUCACAACCGUGCACAGACCAAUAAUAUAAUUCAACAAGUUGGCCCGACGAAUUCGGAAAUUACUGAGAGGCACUUUAAGUCAAAGAAUGUUGAAGAUACACGUAUGGUAUUAGAAACAAACCUUAAAAUCCCAUCAUGUUCGGUUACCUUAGAAACAUUGUCUCAACGCAGGAUGCUCGAUAUGAAGCGUUGGUUCUGUAUAAGUAGACCUCAGUACGUGGAAUCUUGUGGAAUAUCAUCUUUGGUAUCUUGCUGGAACUACCUUUUCUCGACCUUAGGUUCUGGAACGAUGAAACCGAUCACACAAGAAGAAGCACUUACAAUACUAAAUCAUAAACCGCCAUUCGAGGAAAUAAACUUUGGUAAAUUCACGGGCAAUGUUACUUUAAUGAGAUGGUUUCAAAUAUUGAAUGAUCAUUUUGGUGUACAAGGAACUAGUUGUUUCUUUUACAAACUCAAUGGAGAAAACAAAACUUUCGAUCUGUCCUCACACGAUGCUUUGCUGAAGCUGAAGAAAUGCUUGAAGGAGAAAGACAUGUCCUUUAUCUAUCAUGCUGAGAAUCAUUACUUCUGUCCAAUUGGCUUUGAGGAUAUGGCAGUAAAUGAGAUCGAUGCAUACAAAGGUGAAUUGGACCAGUCAGAUGUAGAGACAUGGAUAUUGAUUGGCGACUCAAAAAAGAAUCAUCCAUGCAUACAUUGUAUAAGAUGGGAAGAUAUAAUCACCGAUUUAAAAAAUGUCCAUCCCGACUACAUCGAUGUGCGCAGAUUAUGGAAAGGAGCCCUCAAACACAAUACGGAGAAACCAGAGGAUAAUGACCAUUGCAUAAUGGCGUUUCGGCGUAAUUAACCUCAACAUCGAAUUAAAGACAGUACAAUAGUUCAUGAUACAAUCUAUGAAUAAACAUGGAGCAGUCACCGUUGAUACUGAUAACGCAACGAUUGGAACCAAUGUUUCAAAAUGUAUUAUUGAUGUAAGCAUUAUUUAAACAACUCGUAAUAAACGAACCGUAACAUAAGACAUGGCCCUUUGUUGUCAUUGUUUUUACUCAAGUCGCAUUUAUUAAGGUUUUGGCUCAUAUGGUGAAU